AUGAAGUUACAAUCGUUCCUCAUCUUAUCUUAUGUCCUUGGGGCAGCUGCAUCUUCUAUUCAAAAUCCCCCUAAAAGGUGCUCUGGAAACACUGCCAACACGAGACAGAAGUGGUGUGACUAUGACAUCCAUACCGACUAUAAUGAGGUUGUUCCCAACACAGGUGUCACCCGAGAAUAUUGGCUCUCUCUCAACGAGGUGACCGUCUCUCCAGAUGGAGUUGCGCGUUCUGCAAUGGCUGUCAAUGGGUCUAUUCCAGGUCCUACGAUCUUUGCUGAUUGGGGGGACAAUGUCAUUGUGCAUGUCACCAACAAUCUCACGACUUCUCAUAACGGCACCAGUGUCCACUGGCAUGGCAUGCGCCAGAACUACACCAACCAAAAUGAUGGAGUCACAGCCAUCACUCAAUGUCCCACGGCACCUGGCUCAUCGUAUACCUACAGAUGGCGUGCUGUGCAAUACGGCUCAUCGUGGUAUCACGCACACAUUGGCCUCCAAGCUUGGGAGGGUGUGUUCGGUGGCAUCAACAUCGCUGGACCUGCGAGUGCCAACUAUGAUGUCGACUUGGGAUUGAUGUUCCUUAACGAUUGGUCUCAUCAAACCGUGGAUGAACUGUAUCAUCAUGCCGAAACUGUUGGCCCGCCGACUUUGGACAACGGUCUCAUCAACGGAACUAAUGUCUGGAACGCCACUGCAAACAGCACUGUGACUGGAUCUCGCUAUACACGGCGAGCUACCAAGGGCAAAUCCUAUCGAAUUCGACUUGUCAAUGCCGCGAUUGAUACACACUGGAAGUUUAUGAUCGAUAAUCAUCUACUCACAGUCAUUGCGAUAGAUCUGGUGCCAAUCAAGCCUUACACCACAGACUUCGUUGAUAUUGCAAUGGGCCAGCGCUACGAUGUGAUCGUCACUGCCAACCAACAUAAAGUGGCCAAGAACUUUUGGAUCCGAGCCAUUCCCCAAACGGCGUGCUCUGAGAACCUCAGCGUGAACAAUAUUAAAGGAAUAUUCCACUACGAUUCUAAUAUCAGAGCUCCAACCACCAAGCCCUACAUUUUUGUUGAUGGUUGUGUUGAUGAAGAUCUGAAAAAACUUGUCCCAGUCGUACCUAAAACCGUCGAAGCUGCAGACUGGCAAGCACUGACUGACGUCACAAUUGCCAAAAAUUCCAAUAAUCUCUUCAAAUGGUAUCUCAACAGCACCUCUCUUGACGUGGAGUGGUCGGACCCUACCUUGCUGCAAGUCUACAAUGGAGUUACCGACUUUUCCAACUCCAGCGGUGUGAUUGAAGUGCCGAAUCCAAACGAAUGGGUUUAUCUGUUGAUUAACACCACGCUUCCCAUUCCACAUCCUGUUCAUCUCCACGGACAUGACUUCUUUGUUCUGGGGCAAGGGACAGGUAGCUGGGAUGGAACUGUCAAUACAGCCAAUCCCCCGCGUCGAGAUACCGCCCUGUUACCCGCUUCUGGCCAUUUGCUUAUUGCUUUUGUGACUGAUAACCCUGGAACUUGGUUGAUGCACUGCCAUAUUGGCUGGCAUACUGCUGAAGGCUUUGCCUUGCAGUGGGUGGAACGCUACAAUGAGAUCAAACGUCUUGUCGAUCCGAAUGCUAUGGAUCAGAACUGUGCUGCGUGGAAUAAGUAUGACGCCCAAUUUAAUGUUCAGCAAGAAGACUCGGGAGUCUAA